CUGCCUGCUGUUUGCUGUUUGCGCGCCUGGGAUCCUUUUCUUGCGACCUUUGUGGCCCUUGCAGGUACGUACAUGGUUUUGUUUCUCUCUCGUGCCCUUUUCAUAUCUCAUUCCCCUGUCCGCCUGCUUGCACAAAUUUCUUCACCUUGGCAUCCGUCCACAAAAAAACAUUAUACACACAAUCGCUGCAGGGGGGUUGCAGAGAGAAGACCUCCAGACACCACGCCGCCCGCCUACCGCCGCCGCUGCUGCUUCUGCCAUUUGUCGUCAUCAUGGCCUUCGCCUCGGUCGUCGUCGUCGUCUGUUUGUUUGGCCCCCGCCCGUGGCAUUCCCGAUGCCUGGCUGGCUGGCUGGCUGACGGACUGAUCCCAUCGACUCGACAUGGUCAAUUGACAAUGGCACGCACCGCGCAGUCGAGACAUGCAUGCAUUUCUUCAAUCGUCCGUCGGUCGGUCGGUAGGCAAGGCCACAAGGGACGCAUGCGAAAGUCAGUCGGUUUGUCUUUCAGUGUGUGCGUGUGUGCGUGGUCAUGGCGCGCGGUUGGCGGCUCUGCUGCCCUGCUGCGAUUGUAUCGGCAAAGCUGAUCGCGCGUGCCCGUCGCACAGCUUCACCCAUCCAUCCACCGCCGACCAACCUACCGACCUACUUACAGCCUGCACACCGACCACCACCACCACCUCCUCCUCCUCUUCUUCACCUUCUCCCCCUCGCUCACCUCAUCUUCACCCUCUCCCUUUCACUUCCACACCCAACCGUCCACGCUCUCUCUCUCAUUCUCUCUCUUUUCUCCCCACUCACCUUUUUUUAUUUCCAACCACACCUGCCGUCAUUGUCGGCUCUACUUAUUUCCUUCCUCCCAUCACCCCCGCCCUCCUCUGCUCUUCCCUCCUCAUUGACGCCAGUAGAUCUCUCGUCACCACCUGCCAUUCCUCUACGGCUUCUCCUACCUCAGCUGCUCUACUCUGCUCUGCUCCUUCUCACACUCUCUUUCUCUUCCCGGCGCAAUUUGGCGUCUGCGACAACCAACCACUUACCUCGAGCACCCACGCUCGUCCAGCCAGCUCUCCCCCAACAUCUUCAUCAUCCCGUCAUAGAUCCAAGACUGUCGGUUUGCUUCGGUGAGUGACUCCAGCAGCCCGCCAAACUAGCGCAUCGCCCGCCGUCUUGCUCCGGUCCUCUUCACCCCGCCUACCCGUCCGCCCGCCCGCCAGUCCAAGUUUCGCCGACGCUAACCCACCACCUUUGCUAGAUAUUUGAAAACCUUGUCCUUCCUAGCAGUUUUAGACUCGACAACUCUUAUUCACUUCCACCGCACUCACACCUGCCCACGAUCGCAAGAAUGAGCUUUCAGAAUUACGACAACUUCCAGGGCCAGCCCAGCGCUGAGCAGCCCGGUGCGCCCGCUCCCCAGUCCGACAUGGGCCAGCAGCUCGACAACAACCAGCAAGCUUUCGCCGCUGGCAACAUGGGCGGUCCCGGUCCUUCCCCCCAGGAGGGCCAGCAAGACGGCAGCAGCAAGACCACCCUGUGGAUGGGCGAGCUCGAGCCUUGGAUCGACGAAAACUUUGUGCGCAGCAUAUGGUACAACAUGGGCGAGAAUGUCAACGUCAAGAUGAUUCGCGACAAGUUCUCUGGCAAUGCUGGGUACUGCUUCGUUGAUUUUGCCAACCCUGCAGCUGCUGCCAAAGCUCUCCAGUUGAACGGUCAAUUGAUCCCCAACUCCAACCGCCCUUUCAAGCUCAACUGGGCAUCCGGUGGCGGCCUCGCCGAUCGCAGCCGCGACGACCGCGGUCCGGAAUUCUCCAUCUUCGUCGGCGAUCUCGGCCCCGAGGUCAACGAGUUCGUUCUGGUGCAACUCUUCCAAAACAAGUAUCCGUCGUGCAAGUCCGCCAAGAUCAUGUCGGACCCCAUCUCUGGAAUGUCGCGCGGCUAUGGCUUCGUCCGAUUCACUAGCGAGGAUGACCAGCAGAAGGCUCUCAACGAGAUGCAAGGCGUGUACUGCGGCAACCGCCCCAUGCGCAUUUCGACCGCCACCCCCAAGAACAAGAGCGGUGGUCCCGGAGGUCAGGCCAUGGGCCAGGGCAUGCCUCAACAGGGUGGUGGUCCUGGCGGCAUGUACUCCAUGGGCGCUCCUCCCAUGGGAUACUACGGCGCGCCGCAACCCAUGAACCAGUUUACGGACCCAAACAACACCACCGUGUUCGUCGGUGGUCUCUCUGGUUACGUGACUGAGGACGAGCUCCGUUCCUUCUUCCAGGGCUUUGGUGAAAUCACCUACGUCAAGAUCCCCCCCGGCAAAGGUUGCGGUUUCGUCCAGUUCGUGCAGCGACACGCAGCUGAGAUGGCCAUCAACCAGAUGCAGGGCUACCCUAUCGGUAACUCCCGCGUUCGUCUGUCUUGGGGUAGGAGCCAGAACAAUUCGGGCCCUGCCGGCACCCCUUACCGCCCUGCACCCCCACCCCCCGUCUUCCCUACCAUGGGCAUGCCGCCCUCCCACCCUUACGGAAAUUUUGCUCCCAUGAAGUUAUGGCGGUGGAGCCCAUCAGAUGCCGACCGGUAUGCCGAACGGCCACCCGAACGGUCACGGCGGCGCUCCUGGCAUGCCCGGUGCUCCCGACGGCAUGAAUGGCCAAGGCAACGGUGACGAUGGCGCGUUUGCCCAGCAGCU